GGAUGGACACAUAGGAUAACAUACCGGGGAUGGACACGUAGGAUAACAUGCCGGGGAUGGACACGUAGGAUAACAUGCCGGGGAUGGACACAUAGGAUAACAUGCCGGGGAUGGACACAUAGGAUAACAUGCCGGGGAUGGACACAUAGGAUAACAUGCUGGGGAUGGACACGUAGGAUAACAUGCCGGGGAUGGACACGUAGGAUAACAUGCAGGGGAUGGACACACAGGAUAACAUGCCGGGGAUGGACACGUAGGAUAACAUGCCGGGGAUGGACACGUAGGAUAACAUGCCGGGGAUGGACACAUAGGAUUACAUGCUGGGGAUGGACACAUGGGAUAACAUGCUGGGGA